CGCGUGGCGUCGUUGUGCUUCAACUUCCGGAGAACUUCCGGGUGGGAGAAAUGGCGGGUCACAACAACGGAGACACAAUGGAGAAUCUGGAAGAUGGAGAAAUAAGUGGCUCUGAUUCAGAGCCAGAAAUGCAUUCAAAUAACCGGCAGCAGACGCCUUCUGCAGGAGCUUUUUUGACCCAGCACUUCCAGAGCAGAGAAUGUCCACAGACUGCUUCAUGUGUCGCCAGCUACCGUAGCUCCAUUGUAACCGACUCCAGCGACAGCGACUCGGAGGAAGAAGCUGUGUUGUGGAGGCGAAAGCGUCAGAAGUGCACCAAUGUACCUCUGGCUGUGCCUCCUACAGCUUUCCGAGGUACUGGCACUGUCACAGGACCUCCAUGCCGCAAAGUAAACAACAUCUGGGGCUCUGUUGUGCAGGAGCAAAGCCAGGAGGCUGUGGCUGCUGAGCUCGGCAUAAUGGGAAUGGAGGGGGGCAUCACUAUGGACAGCCGCCAGUGUGAGACCUACAACUACUUGCUAGCACGGAAGCUGAUGGAAAAGGAGAAGCAGGAGGAAGAGCCGGGUAUGGAGGCCAUGCUGGAGGGGCAGCUAGAGGAAUGCAUGCAGCACGGCACACAGGAAGAGAAGAGUGACGGCCAUCUGAAGAGGAAGCGGUCAGUCAAGGAACGGCUGGGUCCUCGAGCUGAGAUGGACUUCAAAGGGCGGUAUGAGAUCACGGUGGAUGACCAUGAAGAUAAAGUGAUUGACGAGAUAGCUCAUAGGUUAAUGGAGCCAAAGAGGGAGUUAAUAGAGCGUGUCGUGAAGGUGAUUGGCACAAAGAAAGCGAUAGAGCUUCUGUCAGAAACUGCAACGAUUGAACAAAAUGGAGGUCUUUACACAAUGGAUGGCAGUAGAAGGCGGACGCCUGGAGGGGUUUAUCUGAACUUGCUGAAGAACACUCCUAGUAUUUCUCAUGAUCAAGUCAAGGAAAUAUUCUUUGAAGAGAACCAGAAAGAGCACAACAACAAGAAGGCAAACAAGAAGGCAGCCAAGCAGCGGCAGAAAUACUUAACAGCCAAGAAAAUGAAGCAAGCGAUCGGCACUUUGAACCUGCAAGAGCACGAUGACGUUUCUCGGGAAACAUUUGCCAGCGACACAAACGAUGCCUUGGAGUCGCUGGAAGAUGGGGGCGAGGAGCAGCCAGAGCCUGCACUGGGCACAGAGGAUGCUCCAGUGGUUUACAACUCGAAUGACCUGGAGGUCUUCUGAUGCUGCUGGUUGUCUUCUUGAGUGACUGUGUAGACAGUGACUAGACAAAGUUUGCUGUCAACAUGUUCAGUGAUGUGGGCUGAGCAGAUCAGAUUUCGUUUAAUGUAUGUGUGUUUGACAUGGUCAUAUCUUUUCCCUCGUUUCAUGCUCCAUCUCUUGUGUGAGGCUGGACAUGGCGUGUGUGUGUGUGUGUUAACAAGCUCAGAAACCUUAGGCUGCUUUCGUACUAGGCAUUUUUCCCUGUGCAAGUUCCAUAUGUAAUCUCAUGGGAAGAAGGCAGAAUGUGAUCCUGUCACUUUGAAGCUCUUCUAAAAGUUAAAGAGGAACUGUCCACAUUUUAGAAAAGUGAUAAGUGACAUCAAACACGGUUUCAGAUUUCAGCUUGGAGGCAAACGAGACAAAUCAACAUGGAGGACAGUGCUGGUAGCAUGUUUGCUUCGUACCUCUGGGGUUGGGGGUUCGAAUCCCACCUAGGCCCUGUGUGCGUGGAGUUUGCAUGUUCUCCCUGUACUUCAGGGGCUUCCUCCACGUGCUCCUGUUUCCUCCUCUAGUCCAAAGACCUGUUGUAGGUUGAUUGGAGAAUGGAUGGAGGGAUGGAUAUUUCAUGUUAUAAUGUUGCAAAAUAUGUACGUUUUGUGACGUUUGUCGGUAUCUGAUGUCAUGCACCAGUCCUAAUAUAACUCUAAAUACAGUGGUCUGGAUGCUGCAUACUGGUUCAGAAAAGUCACUCCAGUCCUUUUCAGUGCUUUAAUAAAGCACUUUAAAUAAACAACAAAAAAAAAGCCUAGUGUGAAAGCAGCCUUAUUACUGACACAGUUAUAUAACGAGAGCGUUUAUACAGUAUAUUGAUAGUGAAGCCAGUUACAACAAUGCACUUUUGCUUGCCCACUAAUUUCAUUAUUCUUUUAGUAUUAAAUGGCUGUGCAGGUAUGUUAAACCGAAUCAUACAUUCUGUUCAUUCCUUAUUGAAAUUCAUAGUACAUAGUUUGAAGAAUAUGCUUAAUAGUUCUUGUACAAGUAUUGACGGGUGAUGUUCUGCUUAAUACAAAGCACCACUCUGAGCAUCUGUCACAAUCUAGUAGUAAUGACGCUUCAUCAUCUUGCACUUGUUCUGACUCCCACUGACUAAUGAUGUUAAAUUUGUAUUUGUGGAAAAUGACAGCGUGUUCAGAUACACUAAGCAUUCAGAAUAUUCAUCGAGUCAAGUGAGUGUUUCGACGAUGAAUAAAAUGGUUUCAUAUGUUUUGUUUGCUACUGAUUCCUAAAGUACCUAAUUUUAAAAUAAAGUUCUACUUAGAAUCCA